AUGUCGAACAUCAGAAGUAGAGUAGCGUCAGCUUCUUUUUCUUCUUCUUCUGCUCCUGCUCCUGGCCGGCGUUGCAAUAAUAAACCAACCGUCAGCAUCGCGGGACUAGACGUCGUUCACGACACGGCCAGUCACACCGCAAGGCGAUUGAUUUGGAUCGUGUCGUUAAUGUCGUGCUUGAUCCUGGUCAUCGUUCACGGGGCCAGUCUGGUCCAGCGCUACCGGACGUAUCCGACGCGCGUCCAGCUCGACGUUUCCAAUCGGCAGGGCAUUGCGCUUCCGGCCGUGACCGUCUGUCCGCUCGAUCGAUUCGACCUCAACCGUUUGCAGCUUCUUUGGCGUCGGAGGAUUGACGACGUCGCCAAUGCAACUGGAACUGGAGCGACAAGGACGACGCCGGAUGCGACGGAAAAGUACUACCAACUGGCCGACGUCAUGCCCGUCCAAGAGUUAUGGCAAGAGAUCGCCUAUUCGGACGUCGAAACUCUUUUCCCUUUGUGCUACAUUGGUCGAGGGCGGGACUGUCAAAGCGCCGGAACCUUCCAGCCGGUGUGGACUCCAUCCGGAACUUGCUUCACUUAUUCCAGUAAAGUCGACACGCUAAACGGACAUUUUAACGGCCUCUACGCCCGUCUCACCAUUAGUCACCAACUCGACGAAGUCAACACAUUUUCCGGCUGGAAGGUGACAGUUCAUCCGGCGGAGGACUCACCUUGGCUGACGUCUUCACGGGCUUAUUCCGAGAUGACGACUCGUUACCAGCGGCUGGACAACGGAAGUGCGGGCGGGAUGGUCAAGUCGCAGUUUAUGAACAUUCGACUGGCGCCAAAGGAGUUUGUGCGGAUCGAUCACCCGCUCCAGCCGUGCCGCUCCGGAGCGAACGGCCCGGAUUGCGAAAUUGAAUGUUUCCAGCGGGCCGUGACUUCAGUCACGAACUGCAGGCUUCCGUACAUGAACUUGACAUCGGCCGGGAUUCCCUACUGCAAUUCCAGCGCCAGCGUCAAACAGACGGAGGAAUUAGUCGCCCGGCUCAUUACCGAAACUCGUAGCCAAUUGAAAUGCAAUUGCAUCGAAUCCUGUUCCAAGGUGGUUUACAAGUACGAGAGCGAGUCCCAUACCGUCCUGACGGACUACGGCCGGGUCAAAAUAUUUUAUGAGACGGCCUUGUGGGUGACUGUCAACGAAGUGCUGGUCUAUUCGCCAGUUAAACUCCUCUGCGACGCCGGCAACAUCCUCUGCCUAUUGCUGGGCGCUUCGGUGCUCAGCUUUGUCGAGACGGCCGACUACCUCGCCCACAAAUUGAUGGCCUUGCGCUUUUUCAGCCCAUCGAAAUAAAAUAAAAAUAAAAAUAUUU